AGCAGUUUUCCUGCAGCCACUGGCCACGGAGCCCAAGCCUGCCUUUCCUUUCGUUCUGGAUCCUGCUGCAAACCCAGCAACAUGAGCCUCCCAGUGGCCUUAGCAGGACCCCGACCUCGGCCCAUGCGCGGUCUCUUGCUCCUGGGACUGCUGCUACUGCUCGCUGUGGUACCAGCCACCAGCGAUAAACCUGAAGAAGAAAGAGAGGAAGACUUGCAUUGCGUUUGUGUGAAGACCACCUCCCGCGUCCGUGCCAGACAGGUCACCAGCCUGGAGUUGAUCAAGGCGGGACCGCAUUGCCCCACUGCCCAACUGCUAGCCACGCUGAAGAACGGGAGGAAACUUUGCCUGGACCCAAAGGCGCCCCUAUAUAACAAAAUGAUCAAGAAACUUUUAGAGGGGUAACUACUGGUUGCCUACCUUUGCUCUCUCACCUUUUUUUUUUUUCCAUUCCCUUUCUAUCAACUUGCGCAAGAAUUUUCUGAUGUUUAUACCAUCUUCCAAAUUUCAAAUAAACAAAUAAAAAGAA